AUGAUGGACGCACCAGAAAAGCUUCGCUAUCUUCACUCAGGAACUGGCUUGAUGGGUCCGCUUCUCAAAGACUUGGGGGUUGAGCACCUGGAAGGAGUGGAUUUGUCGUCCAAGAUGCUUCAGGUGGCGCGCGAGAAGCAGCGCGGCUACGAUGUCUUGCUUUGUGGCGACCUGGUGGAGAUCUUUGAUGAGACAAAGAGCUUUGACCUGGUGGUGGCAGCAGAUGUCUUCGUAUAUUUGGGCGACCUCUCCAGCGUGCUACACGCCUGCGCUCCACGGAGUUGUGGCCUUCAGCACUGA